AUGUGGUUAUCGCAGCACAUCCUGCAACUUAUACAACAUACUUGUCAACGAGAGCUUACUUUUUAUACCUCAUUAACUUUCUACAGUGGACAGUUUUUGCUGAUUAGGAAAUCGGAAUGGUUUAAACUUGUCAAUACGACGCAUGGUAUUAAUGUGGUAAAAUUUUUGCAAUAUCUCUGUUCAGGAAAUAUUGAUGUUCCAUUAGGUUCUGUGGUUUACACUGGCAUGCAAAACGAAAAAGGCGGUUUUGUCUCAGAUUGUGCAAUAUCUAGACUGAAAGAAAACCUAAAUUCCACAAUAUUUUGCAGAUUUUUCGCUGCAGUACUCUCCGUACAGCAACUACGAUUCCAUCUAUGGUUAAAGAAGUGGUUGAAAAAGUUGGGACAUAAAGUUUAUAUUGGAAGUGUUACCAGGCAUUAUGCUGUAUUGGAUGUUGUUGGACUAAGCUCGCGAGCUUUAAUGGAAAACUCACAGGAGAAUCAAUGUCCAGAUGUAGCGCAAAAUGUUUAUAUGCAUUUGAUGGAACGUGGGAAGGAAUACGGUGUUACGCAUGCAGAGUCUGUCGUAGAAAAACUUUUAAUCUUUCUCUGUUUUUAUUUAGCAGCUAUUUGCAACUUAUUGUUCUUUAAUAGUCGUAUUAAAGUAUUAUGCUUUGAAACAGUUGCGAUUGAAAAAUUCUUUGUUUGUUGGGGUCAAGAUAUUUCUACGAAUGUAACAUUACUCGAGUGUGGACGUACAUAUCGUGUUGAUUUUAAUAAAGAUUUUAUUGGGAAAGAUGCAUUAUUAGGGCAAAAAUUAAAUGGCAUUCACAAGCGAUUUGUUCAGCUAUUCGUGGAUAAUUAUGAUUUAGACCAUGACCCAUGGCCACAAGGUGGUGAUUUAAUUUACAGAUAUGGCGAACCAGUCGGACGUACGACUCAGCUAGUUAUGGAUAUACUCUUAAUUGUCAGAUAA